GUAGUUUUCCAGGGGCUGCUGUUGCCUAGGGACUGUCUGUUCAUUGGGCGGUUUGUGGUGAGCAAUUGCUUUUGUGCUGCUCGUUUUUUGUUGUUAGUUCUUUUUGUUCAGUUGUUUCUUUCGAGUUACUAGUCUCUUAUCUCAACCCACGAGUUUUCUCAUUUUGCCCUUCCAAUUCUCUCUCCCAUUCCACUUGGGGAGAAUGAGUAACUGAGCAAGCAGUUCUGGUGGUGCUUAGCUACCAGGGUUAACCCACAACAGUAUGGUGCUUCUGAACCUUGGAGCAUGGUAUGGGGCCCUGAAGCUGAAUCCAUGUGGAUGCAGCUCAGAUAUGAGUGGCCUAGCAGGAACCAUCCUGAUGUACAUAGAUUCAGUGUGGAGACAGUCCAGUGGUAUCCUCAUGAUACUGGCAUGUUUACAUCCAGCUCAUUUGAUAAAACCUUGAAAAUUUGGGAUACUAAUACUUUACAACCUGCAGAUGUAUUUCACUUUGAGGGAACAGUCUAUAGCCAUCAUAUGUCUCCAGUUGCUACAAAGCACUGUUUAGUAGCAGUUGGUACCAAAAGCCCCAAAGUACAGCUCUGUGACUUGAAGUCUGGAUCCUGUUCUCACAUUCUGCAGGGUCACAGGCAAGAAGUACUGGCAGUGUCUUGGUCCCCACGUCAUGAAUAUAUUUUGGCAACAGCAAGUGCUGACAGUAAAGUAAAAUUAUGGGAUGUGAGGAGAGCAUCUGGAUGUCUAACUACGCUUGAUCAGCACAAUGGAGAAAAGACCAAAGCAUCUUCUGAGGCAGCAAAUACAGCUCACAAUGGGAGAGUUAAUGGUUUAUGCUAUAUGAGUGAUGGGCUUCAUCUGUUGACCAUUGGUACGGAUGAUCGGAUGAGACUCUGGAACAGCUCCACUGGAGAAAAUACAUUAGUGAACUAUGGCAAAGUCCGCAAUGAAAGUAGAAAAGGACUCAAAUUCGCCAUUUCUUGUGGCUGUAGUCCGGAGUUUGCCUUUGUACCAUGUGGUAGUACUAUUUCUGUUUAUACAGUUUUCUCAGGAGAACUGAUAACUAUGCUGAGAGGACAUUAUAAUACUGUUGACUGCUGUGUAUUUCAACCUAACUUUCAGGAACUCUAUAGUGGUGGCAAAGACUGCAAUAUCCUCGCGUGGAUACCAGCUCUUCGAGAGCCGGUUCCUGAUGAUGUUUCUGACAAGUGUCUGCCUCAGCAGCAUUUAAAUCCAGCAUAUGAAGAUGCAUGGAGCAGCAGUGAUGAUGAAGGCUGAAUUUCAAUUACAUGGUGAUAUAAAAUUGACAUUCAAGCACUGCAUUCAAGGACUUUAUCUACAGAAGUGGAUGUUGUCAGAUUUAUUGUGACCAGAUUCCAUGUAAUGCUCUGUUAAAAGCAAGGUCUUUCAGAAAUAAGUUUCCACUUUUCUCUUUGGUUUUGUUUGUUUGUUUGUUUGUUUAUUCACUGUUACUGUCACAUCUAAAGGAUUACUUUUUCAGAUUUACUGAUAUUUAUACUGACCCUUUUGUAUUUGUGUAUUUUGUUCCAUGUUGAACAACUGAUGAAGAAAAAAAUAAAAAGCCCUUGGGACCAGUUAAUAUUGCAUUGUUUCUGGUAUCAUUAAUACAUAGCGAGAUAAUCCCUUUCUUUCAGAGAGAGAUGAUACAAAGUACUUUGCCUUAAGGAGGACUAGGUCAGGGUUACUUUAAGUUUAUUUUUGCAAUGUCUAGAUGGAGUGGAAUGGGUCUGUUUUCAAGUACCUGUGCUUUUGUGGUGUUCUUUUGCAUUUAAUUAAUUUUCAGUUAUAUUCAGCUCUAUUCAGUUCAGAAAGAGAGGUAUAGCUGGCAUUGUCUGUUCAAAAUUUUUUGUGUGGUGAUCCCAUCAGCUAGUAUCUUAAUCUGUCCCAUAAAGUUAAGAACAGAGAUUAAUUUUAUUAAAGUUUUUAUUGCUCAUGCUAAGAGGUUUUCAAGAUCAGGUGUCUACGUAUGCCUUGCUCACAUCACUUGCCAGUAUGAAGAAUUCCUGGACAGAAACAGGCUUGAGGUAUAGUAUAAGGCGAAGAAUGGAUCAUAGGCCAAGACAUAUUGAAUGUAGUCCUUCAAAACUGCUUUCAUCUGAAUUACUGGUCCAAAGACCUUCUCUGUUUUGGAAAGGAGGAGUUUUUUAGAUUCAUUGUCUAAUCUCAGUCACUAGUUUGUACCUCAGACGUAGCCUAAUCACCAGUCUGAGACCUCAGCUGGAGAUUCCCAUCAGAUUUCCAUACAGUUCUUCCAGGAAAAAAAUGCCUUUCAAAACAGAUGUGAUGCUAGGAGCAAAAGUUCAGGCAGAAGGAAAAAAAUACUGUAUAAAUAAAUGAAAGAAAAUUAGUUAAUCUUUGUAUAAUGUGCAUUGUUAGGCCGAUUAUUAUGCAUCCUGGAAUUAACUCACUGUGCUUUUGUAUUUUAAUAUCUAUACAAGAUAAAGACUGUUUCUAUAUCAGUCUAUAAGUGGAAUAAUACAAAGCGAAGAGUCGGCAUAUCAAGGGAAUGUUAUGAUUAAGCAAGUUUCAUACAUAGUACAAAUUUGCUGAGGCAGACCUAAAAUUUAACUUGACCUAUUAGAUUGAUAGUUGGUAGGUGAAAGACUUCCAGAAGUUUCAAAGGAAGUUAGUUUAAGGACCAAUCUAUCAUUUUACAAGACUAGAGAAGAGAAUUUUCUACUUUUUUUUUUUUUUUGAUGAUAGUUUUCAUUACCAACGGUGUCUGUUCCAUCUAAAAGUGGAAAACCUGGGGAACAAAUUUGAAGCAAGAUUACAUAUUUUUAUUUUAUUUUAUUUUUAAUAUUAUUAAGGGUGACUUUUUUUGCAUGUGAUAAUUGUUCAUUUCAAUUUUGUAUAUUUCAACUGCAAUGCAUGUGUUUGGUAUUUGAUUUUCUAAAAUGUUGCUCAGUUAGUCGUAGCAAAGCUCCUUAUCAAAGAAUAAAUUAAUUAUUUUUUCAAUCA